UGAAAAUUUAGGGCAAUGCCCAUUAUGUAUUGAAGAGAGUGAAAAUUAAAAUUAUUUGUCUCCUGUUGUGAUCUCUGUUUGGUUCCCUUCUUCCUUAGCAUCUCUCAUGUCUUUCUUUCUGUCUCUCUCUAUAUGUAUUGGUUCAUAUCUAUCUAUAUAGGAGUAUAAUAUUUGAUAUAUCUUCCCCAUUUGACAGCUGUUGUCUUCAACAAUGGCUAUUCCCAAAUUUUCAUAAUUUUUGUUACGAUCUGUUUUUAUUAUUUUAAGUUUUUUUUUUUUAAAAACGUUUUGUUUCAUGGGCUACUUGAUCUUCUUCUUCUGCACCCACAUGGCUAACCCAUCUUUUAGGGUACUAGACAAACUAUUAUUAAAUUCAUUCUUUUAGUUGUUUAUUUAUUUUAGGAAAGCUUUCAACUUUAGUGUGGUUUUGGGAUUUAAAGUAAAGUUGGUGUACUUGUGUUUCAUGUGUUCGGAGGGCUUUAUCAUGUUUACAGAAAAUAAAAAGGAUUCCUUCAAGUAACUUUUAUACAAUCUUCCUUAAUUACAUUUAAAAUUUUGCUGAUAAAUGGCAAAUUCCUAUACUUUUUUUAGUUCAAAAAUAAAUUUAUAGACUUUGAAUCAAAACUUGUUUACUGCAAGAUUUUGUGCAUCCGAUUUUGCUUAUUUCGUGAGUAUUAAGGUAUUUCUUGGUGUUUCGAGUUCCAAUGUUUGAUAUCGUCUCUGUUCAUCAUCUUUAACACACACUUUUCGAAUUGAUUACUCUUCUCUGCAUCUUCUGUAUGGAGAGAGUCAAAUGGUCCAUAUUAGUAUUUAUUAUGAUAAGUUUUUGUCACAUUUAUAAUGAUUAAAAGAUUGAGACAAAAAUAUCGUUUAAAGUCAAUGGUCCAUAUUUACAAAUGGAAAAUGAUAGAAAGAAGGCAACAAAAUGAUCCUUUUGAGAGUUAUAUCGAACGUUCUUUUUUUUCCGAAUGGAUCACAAGCCAGUUCCAAACCAAAAGAAAACUAAAGACUGUAGUUCUAGAAACUAGUAGUAUUCAAAAUAAAAACACAAGUGCUAUUUUGUGGUAAUAUGAAAAUUUAUCUAUCUGUCAUGAAAUAUUUGAAGCUAUUUUAGCCACGGUGAUACACGGCUGUUUCAAAAAAAAAUACUAAGAAAGCAAUUGGGCUUUGAAUAUGGAUUAAUAUUUCUUAUAAGAUAAUGGAUUUAAGGCCCACGUCACUUACGCCUGCCCCUCUUACAGACAAGACGUGAUAAUCUAUAUCGUCUUUUCCGACAAUAGUCUCAGCUGCGGAUUGACGCCGUAGAUUAAUCCCAGGGUUUCCCGAGCCCUCGGAUCUGAAGCUCAGAAGAUUACUACUACGAACGAACAAGCAUCAUCUUCUAGUAUAUAUACAAGAAACAAGAACCUGUUGUGGAAAAUGGAACACGAAGAAGCAGAGAGAAGCACCACCAUCGUUGCAUCAACCUCCGAAGAGUCGUCGAGUUUAGAUGCGAUAGCUCGAGUGAGGAAGCUCUUGUUUCGCCAGAUGCUGGUUGGAAUCAAAGACGGGAGAUUCUUCCUUGGCAGUUUCCAUUGCAUUGACAAGCAAGGAAACAUACUUCUCCAAGACGCUGUCGAGUAUCGCAGCAUAAGAAGAUCGUCUCCUUCGCCUACCGAACAGCGUUGUCUUGGUAUGAUACUAAUCCCUGCCUCUUGCAGGACGUCUUGCCAUGUCGAUUGCUCUGUCGAGGAACAGCUUUCGUUGAUCCAGCUUAAAGAGUAGAAGAGCCUCGAGAGAUUGUAUAAUAACUAAACACUAGUCUUUUAUUAUGGAUUUGGUCUCUUCACUGUGCUUAAAAGCAAAAUUUUAUUACAUGUCCUUUGUAUGUGUUACCCUUUUGAAAAUCAUUUUUGUAUUUACAUUUAGAAGACAAAAGUCUUUAAACUUUUCAACAA